UUUAGUCUUUAUUUUGAUACUAGACAGAAAACAAAACUUACUGUCAGAUAUACAGUAGUUCCUCAUAGCCAGAAAAUAAGACAGAAUUAAUUGAAAAACAAACAAACACACAGAGAGAUAGUAAAAAAUAUAAAGUAGGGUUAGUAUAGUAAUAAUAAGUGACAUUGUAACAAUAAUUACAUAUUAAUAAUAACAUUUAAAAAAUCAAGACUGCAUGUUGUGACGCAAUAUCACAAGGCAGUUUUACAGAACAAUGUGCACUCUUGUUAUUUUAAAAAAACGUUAUUAUUGUAUGGUAUUAUUUUACUUAUUAAGCCGUUUAGCCUGUAUAAUGAAUGAGAAAGUGAUUGACAAACUUAUUUAUCUGUACUAUUGCCUCUAAUCUAAUCUAAUCAAAUACUUCUUUGCUAGGUCUAAAACAAAAAAAGUGUAAAAAGGUGUUUCAUUUGUACACUGUGCAUGACCAUACUGAGAGUUGGUGACAAAAUAUCUUUGCUAUAGAAGAAACCAUUUAUGUCAAGCCUGCAAAAAUGUAUUGGCACUUUUAAAGCUCAUUGUCGGUGCUGUUUUGGUUAUUUAUUUAUUUGUAUUCUUUUUUUAUAACUACAUAAUGUAGGCCUACCACAUUAAAUGCACAAAUAUGUUUCAAUAUUUUAGAUUUUGAUACAUUUGUAUGUUAUAUUUUCUCACAAAUAUUGUUAAUUAAUCAUUUAAGUAUUAAAAUAGAUAAUAAGCCAAACCUGAAUCAAUCCAACUUCAAAUUUUGAUAUAUACGAUACAGUCUAGACUGUUUUUAAAUACAUAGCAUAGUUACAAUUCUUUAGUGCAUUUCUUUAUAUGCUUAUGAGCUAAUUAAUAAUAAUAAGCUAAAAAAAUUAUAAUAAUUAUCAAACGUUUACACAAAUAUCAUUUAUCAAGUUUAUUAACUUACCCAAAAAUAAUCAUCAAAGAAUGUUACUUACGUGACUCAGCUAAUAUAAUGCCUUAUAAAAUAACAGAAAUCACUAAGAUAAAUAAAUUAAAAAAAUAAACAACCUCAAGUCUAAAUACAAAUACCAUGGCGCAAGAACCGAAUGAUCUAGAAAACGUACGAUGCGCCUUCUCUUUCUAAUACGAUACAGUCUAACUACAUGGUUGCUAAGAUGAAAAGAUGAAACAUUAUUGCCUUGACUGUUCCGUCACUCGUUCGGUUCAGUACUGCAUACUGGUGACAUCUCGCCCGUGACCGCAUUUUUCUCAGCUUGCAUAACAUAUCGCGUGACUUACUCGGUUAGUAACGUGAGGGACACAAGAGAAGGCGUUGGUGUUGAUGAUGGUAGGAGGGGAUUCUGCAUCGUCGUCUUCCGCGUUUUCCCGGAUUUCAACCGCUGUUCUGAUAUCAUCGUGUCCUCUCCCUGCACGUUUUCAUGCUCGGCCCUCCCUGCCAAUUCUCUUAGUUGUAAAGAAAUAAAAUAUUAAAUCAAUUAUACCGGCCUCUCUGCCCCCCUCCCCCUCCCCUCACCUCUUUCUCUCCCCCCUUUACAAAUAUCUACCACCGUCUUCCUUCUCCUCAUGCAGCAUCGGAGACCUGGGCCCCGGAGUACCGGCUCCAGCCAUGUCUGCGAGGAAUACAGCGGCUGGCGGCGGUGACGGAGCGACGGGGGAAAAGACAGUGGCAGGAGAUGCACUAGAGGAAGAACCCCAGGGCCUCUCUGUCUCUCUGUCUGGUCUGAUGACCCCCUCUUCAGCCGCUGGUAUGGCCUCAGGCAUGGAGCUGCCCAGGAAAAGGAAAGGCAGCAUGGACCUGGAAAAUAAAUCUGCUUCAAAUCUAGAUGAUGAUAUGGAGGACGAUCAGGGCAGAUCGGAAGGAGACGACCUGCAUUUAAAAAUUAAGUGUGUCAGGGAACCUCACAGUCAAAUUGAGAAACGACGGCGAGAUAAGAUGAAUAACCUGAUUGACGAAUUGGCAGCGAUGAUUCCCACCUGUAACCCCAUGGCUCGAAAGCUUGACAAACUCACUGUGUUACGAAUGGCUGUCCAGCACCUCAAAUCACUCAAAGGUGCGACCAGUUCCUUUGCAGAAGCCAAUUACAAACCUGCAUUCCUCCCAGAUGAUGAGCUUAAACACCUUGUCCUAAGGGCUGCCGACGGAUUUCUCUUUGUGGUUGGCUGUGACCGUGGAAAAAUAGUCUUCGUCUCAGAAUCCGUUUUAAAAAUCCUUAACUACAGUCGGACGGAGUUAAUUGGGCAGAGCCUGUUCGAUUACGUACAUCCCAAGGACAUCGGUAAAGUGAAGGAACAGUUGUCUGCCUCUGAACUCUACCCGCGGGAGCGCCUCAUAGACGCCAAAACGGGGUUGCAGGUGCAGGCUGAGCUUCCUGUCGGAGCGGCUCGGCUUUGCUCCGGCGCCCGGCGAUCCUUCUUCUGCCGAAUGAAGUACAACAAAGUAACCGUCAAAGAGGAGAGGGACUUUCAAGCUGGUGUCUCAAAAAAGAAAGAGUCACAACGGUACUGCACCGUGCACUGUACGGGCUACAUGCGCACCUGGCCCACGCGCCAGCUGGGCACUGAGGGGGAGGCAGAGGCAGAUAAAGAGAGCUCCCACUUCAGCUGCCUGGUAGCGGUGGGCCGUGUGCACCCCCAUACCCUCCCCCAGACCAACGGAGAGAUCAGGGUCAAGCCCACUGAAUUUGUCACCCGCUACGCCAUGGACGGCAAAUUCACCUAUGUGGAUCAACGAGCCACUACUAUUCUGGGUUACUUGCCCCAGGAGCUGCUAGGGACAUCCUGCUACGAAUACUUUCAUCAGGACGACCUGCCACAUUUGGCAGAUAGACACCGAAAAGUGCUGAGGAGUAAAGAGAAGAUUGAGACAAAUUGCUAUAAGUUCAAAACUAAAUUCGGCUCUUUUGUCACUUUACAAAGUCAGUGGUUUAGUUUUAUAAAUCCCUGGACCAAAGAAGUAGAAUACAUAGUGUCAACCAACACUGUUAUAUCCGUUAAAAGUAAUCCAGGUGGAUCAGGGGAUAAAGCCGAGCAGCCGAGCAGUUCCAAGGCCUCAGAGGAUGAUGCCAAGAAGUCUCAACAAGUUCCAAUCAUCCCAGGUAUCUCCAGUGCAUCAGGCACCAUAUUUUAUGCUGGGACCAUCGGGAUCCAAAUCGCUAAUGAGAUAAUGGACUACAACAGGAUGAACUCCUCACCAUCAAGUGGCAAUACAAGUCCGUUCAGUUUACUGCAGGACAAGUCUCCACUGGCCCUUCCGCAGGCCAGCAGCAACGUGCCAAAUGGGGAAGCAACAGACGUGGAGAUGCCCAGCAAGUCAAGCUCAGAGGAGGAACCGCAGGGCGGAGCCUUUACAGCGGGUGAAAAUCUCAUGGAGGGGAGCUCUCAGCUGGAUCUGGAGGGGGUUCCGGGGUUGAGCGCUCUGAGCACUGACGAGGCAGCCAUGGCGGUCAUCAUGAGCUUAUUGGAGACCGAUGCCAACCUGGGUGAGGCUGUGGACUUUGACGAGAUGCACUGGUCUCUGUGAACACAGCUCCAACUCCAGCCAUUUUCUUCGUUUUUAAAGACCCAUCUUAUCUGGAGCUUUUGAAAAAGACCCAUCCAUUCAUUUUCACUGGGCAGCAGGCCUUUGACAAUUCUCUGGCUUUUUAUGUUUUAAUUUAUUAGUUUUUUUUAUGCAUCUGGACAAGCGACAUGGCAGAUAAUCUUGAUGGGCUAACCUUUGUGAAGGAGAACAGAAUGGAAACAGAGGUGAACAGAACACCUCUCUCUCUCUCUCUCUCUCUCUCUCUCUCUCUCGCUCUCUCUCUGUUUCUGAGUACCUUAAUCAACAGGACCAGGUUUUUUUUUUUUUUUGUCUUGUUUGCAUUUC